AUGGCUGACCUGGAGUUAAUAUCGGCAGACGGUAAGAUUUUCCCGGUCGAUAAGGAUGUUGUCAACAAUUGGGUAACAGUAACGGAAAUGCUCGAAUUGCUUCAAGGAGAGUCUGAUUCUCAAGUACAUCUGCCUGCUGUUAACGGAUCUGAAUUAAAAAAAAUAAUCGACUGGUCAAGAGCAAAUGGGGGAAAUUUACCCCGACCGAAUGCUGAGGGUGAUCCGGUGACAGUCCAAUUGACGGAAGCUGAUCAGUUUUACUUUGCGAGUAUAGAAAAUGGCGAACUAAUCAAUGUAAUCAAUGCUGCCAACUACUUGGGAAUCGAGCGUCUUCUAGAUGUCACUACUCAGCUAUUGGCGGACAGAAUUCGUGUAAAAGAACCCCAUCAAAUACGCGCGGAAUUCAAUUUGGUCAACGACCUUCACGAAGAAGAUAGAGCUGUACUCCGCGAAGAAUAUGAAUUAAUUAGCAAUGAAUUAUAA